AUGACUUCUGGAAAGAAAAAGAGUUCCACAAAGGCUACUACUGUUAACAAACAUGAUGAAUCAUCAUCGUCACUUGCAUUGGUCCAUGUUGAUGUUGAUGUUGAUCAACCUCUUUCUGUUGCACUUGCACCUAUUGUAUCUUCAUACAAUGAGAAAAUUCGUCCAGUUCUUGACGCCUUAGAAAAUCUAAGGCGUCUGAACAUUGCUAAAGAAGGAAUACAGCUACCAACCAUUGUUGUUGUUGGAGAUCAAUCAUCUGGCAAAUCCAGUGUUCUUGAAUCUUUAGCUGGUAUCAGUCUGCCACGUGGACAAGGCAUCUGCACUAGGGUACCCUUGGUUAUGCGCCUCCAGAAUCAUCCACUUCCAAAUCCGGAGCUUGUUUUGGAGUAUAAUGGCAAGCAUGUUUCAACUGAUGAGAAAAAUGUUUCUGAUGAAAUCAACACAGCUACUGAAGAGCUUGCUGGAACUGCCAAAGGGAUUUGCAACACCCCUUUAACUUUGAUUGUGAAGAAGAACGGUGUACCGGAUCUUACUAUGGUUGAUCUUCCAGGUAUUACUCGUGUUCCUGUUCAUGGUCAACCUGAUAAUAUAUAUGAUCAGAUUAAGGAUAUUAUCAUGGAGUAUAUAACUCCAGAAGAAAGUAUUAUCUUGAAUGUUCUUACUGCUACUGUUGAUUUUACUACCUGUGAGUCCAUUAGGAUGUCACAGUCUGUUGAUAAAACUGGUUUGAGGACUUUAGCAGUUGUUACAAAGGCUGAUAAAUCUCCUGAAGGUUUGUUGGAAAAGGUUACUGCUGAUGAUGUGAAUAUAGGUCUUGGUUAUGUUUGUGUAAGGAACCGAAUUGGUGAAGAGUCUUAUGAAGAGGCUAGAAAUGAAGAGCAGAAACUAUUUGAGUCUCAUACUCUUCUUUCCAGAAUAGAUAAAUCUAUUGUGGGAAUUCCUGUUUUGGCAGAAAAGCUUGUUCAUGUGCAAGCCAUGAUUAUAUCAAAAACUUUGCCUGAGCUCGUAAAGAAAAUUAACGAGAAGCUUAACAAUAGUUUACACGAGUUGGAAAAUUUACCUGCCAAUUUGUCUUCAUUUGCUGAUGCUAUGUCUGCUUUUAUGCAUAUUGUUUCUCUGUCAAGAGAUACUCUGAGAAAGAUUCUUCUGAUGGGAGAUUUUGAAGAGUAUCCUGAUGGAAAGCAAAUGCAUUGCACGGCUAGGUUAGUUGAAAUGUUGAAUUCUUUUGCAAGUGAUCUUAAAAACUCUGCUGAGAGUAUUGGAACCAAGGAUUUCCUUAUGGAUGAGAUCAAAGUUCUUGAGGAAGCCAAGAUUAUUGGUCUGCCAAAUUUCAUGCCAAGAACUGUUUUUCUGACCUUACUUCAGAGAAAAGUAAGAGGUGUUUCUCAUAUGCCAGUUAAUUUUGUUGACGAUGUUUGGAACUAUUUGGAAACUAUCAUUACUACGGUUUUGAAGCGCCACUCUGAAAACUAUUAUCAGUUACAGGUCUCUACUCGUCGAGCAGCUGAGAAUCUUAUUGCUAAGAAGAAGAAGAAUUCCAUUCAACACGUGAUUCAAGCUGUUGAAAUGGAAAAGCACACGGACUACACUUGUAAUCCAGAGUACUUGCAGGAGUACUACAAGCUGGUGUCUCAUCAAGAAGCGUUUUUGAAAGAGGUGUUGAAUGUUAAUCGACAGACAAGUACUGUGAAGCUUGAAGGGGUUGGAGACAUUGAAGUUAAUCAUCUGCUAAACUAUCCGAAUUUGUUGAGUCAGGCCUUUGACUUGACGGCGAGAUUGAUUUCCUAUUGGAAAAUUGUGGUGAGGAGGCUCAUUGAUGUUAUUGCUUUGCAUUUGAUGCUAAGCAUCAAUGAACUUGUGGAUGUUGAUUUGCAGAAGGACAUAUGCAAGGAAAUGUUAUCCUCAACAGGUGGUGGUGUUGAGAGUCUUCUUGAAGAGUCUCCUUCAAUAUCAGGUAAGAGAGAAAAGUUGAGCAGGAGUGUUAAAGUGCUGAGGGAAAGCAAGGAAACAGUUGCUAACAUUAUGCACAGGAUUGGAGUUUAUCAUGUUUAUGGUGAUAACUGAAAGCAUUUCCUAGUGUUUCUUAAGAAUUGGAGUUCAUUUUGAAAUUGUCUUUAAUUUUUGUUUGUUUUGAUUAUGAUGCAUGUGGUCUUUAUCAGGCCCUUUUUGUUUAUCUGUUGGAGAACUUUAACUAGUAUGCAAGUCCUAUG